AUGGAAGACCCACUACUGGAUAACGAAUGUAUCAUUUGUUUCGAGCUAAUCAAGCAAACAGAUCAAAUAGGUCAACUACCUUGCUGCCCCACAAAAUUGUACCACAGAGAGUGUAUCGAAAUCUGGUCUUCGAAAGCAAACAGUUGUCCCACGUGUAGAAAUAACUACUAUAGAGUCAACAUACUGGUGGCGAGCGCCCCCGCCAAGAUUGUGGAAGUCAUCCGGGUGCAAGACCGAAUCUUGCCCAAUCCUGCAAUAAAUGAAAUCCCUGAGCAAUUCAUUGAUUUGAUAAGCGACGUGAGAGCACAACGCCAGCAAGAACAACUACUCCCGACAGAAACGACAACUUCAUUCUGCGCUAUAUGUAGCACAACCAGACGAAGUAGUGCAGACCAAUCUAUACUGUGCUAUCAGUGCGGGUCUAAUUUCCAUUUAUAUUGUCUCGGGGUGGGGCAACUAGAGCAGGAUUCUUUGCAGUGGGACUGCCCCAUGUGCGAUUAUAGUCAAGAAUCAUUGAUACCGAGACGAAGAAGAGGGGUCAUCAGAUCCAUUAUGGCACUGCUGCUGCGACACUACCAACCACAUGCACGUGCCUCCUCUUCCUCCUCCACCACCACUAGAUCAACUUUGCAUAGACCUGGUGGGCUAGUCAUAUUUAAUGAGAAUAAUGAAAUCGAUGACGCAUUCCUAUAUGAAGAUGAAGAGGAAGAAGAAGAAGAACGAGGCGUAGAAGAACCCACAUUUGAACCAGAGUUGAGAUUCUUGCAGCAACAGCAACAACAGCAACAGCUGAGUUUUGACCGGGCGCUGCCGCGAGUCAUGAAUGGUGGAACUUUGCUCCGGAGAGAAAAAAGACAAGAGGAACUGCUUACCCAGGAAGAAGUCAAUUCAUGGGCUUGUUUUGAUAAAGUAAAGUGCAAAUCUGGCAAUUUGACAGCUGGUGGCAGUGCGUUUCGUAAUCUCGAAUCCACUGCUUCAACGCUGGCAUCGUCCAAUUUCGUAAGGAAGAAAAGGAGAAAACGUUCAAUUGAACAGUCAUCUGCCAUGGAAUCAUCAUCAGCAUCUACAACAACAACAACUCCAGUAGUCCAACCACGAAUAGUCCAAUCCAACAUCCCACAACCGAGCCGUAUUGCAAACUUGAUCAACGAGCUCAAGACCAACAAGAAACCAACUCCAUCGACACUCACUUCGUCUCAUUUCUCGACAAACUUUAGUGCUUUCCACCAGCACAGUUCGCCGACAUCGGAAUCAAAUUCCACUUCAUUGGCAAACAGUCCCAUGGAUAUAAACUAUUCUUCGAGCGAUGAUAAUGAAUAUACCGUUGCGACAACCACGAAUACCAGUGCCACCACCACAACCACUGCAACCGCUGCUAGUACUAGUACCGCCACCGCAACGAUUGCUUCAGCGCCACGGCCACGACGUGAUCAGCUUUCAUACAAUGAGAAAUCAAUCAUCCAGAAGCAUCUACGAGCCAACCUCAAGAGUCGAUACAAGCCCGGUGUAAUUGAAGAUGGAGUCAUAAGCAACGAAGAGGAAUUUAUAGAGAUCAACAAAAAUAUCUCAAGACGCAUAUAUGGUCACAUUUUGAACUCGAGCUGUGAUGUUGAGGAGAUUUUCAAAGAUGAGCGGAAAUUGCGGGCUAUUAUUGAUGAGUAUGCCAGCAAUCUGAUAUAG